AUGCCUGUGAAAGAUGCGACUGGACAGCUAUUCACCGACCCAACUGACCAGCUGAAACGCUGGUCCGAACACUUUGAACAGCUAUUUCAAGUAUCGAGUCACGAGCCAUUUACAUCGCGGCAUGAUCCGCCAAGAGUGCGUCGCAUGACUUGUGUCAACUCCAAAGCUCCAUCAUGGCAGGUGAUAGAAGCAGCCAUCCAGAGUAUGAAAUCAAACAAGGCUCCAGGAGUCGAUCGCAUAUCCGCCGAAAUGCUCAAAACUAACCCCAUGCCAUCCUCUCAACUAUUGCAACAGCUAUUCUGUAAUAACUGGGACACAGCGACCUUUCCGGCUGACUGGAUGCAAGGCUAUUUAGUGAAGGUUCCUAAGAAGGAAGACCAGGGGUAUGCGCCAACUGGCGAGGCAUCAUGUUGCUAUGUACUGUACUCAAAGUUCUGUGCAAAGUGA